AUGGCGCCGCCGACGCAACGAAAAUGGGAAAAGGCCAAAGUCUACUCCAAACGAGGAUUCGAUAAGGCAUGGCACACUCUUGACAAACUUGGACGUCCGAUAAACCGCUUGUCGAAUAAACUGGGCGCUGAAGCCUUCUGGCCGACGACUCUAGAUCUAGAGAGCGAGAAGGCGGCGCGGAUCCUGCGAAGUUUCUGCAAAGAUGGUUUCUAUGCGGAAAUAGACAGUGGAAAUGGUACAAAACCCACCGAGGGGAUCCCGCGAGGGAAACAAAGGGUAGUGAAAAGGAUCCCGGCGUCGGUCAUCAAGCAAGCAAAGGGAUUGGCUAUCUUUACAACCAUGAGAACGGGUCUCUGGGUUAGUGGAUCUGGAGGCAGCGGCGUUCUGCUCGGAAGAAUCAAAGAGACGGGAGAAUGGAGUCCCCCGUCCGGAAUUAUGACGCAUACAGCUGGGCUAGGAUUCCUUGCCGGAGUGGAUAUCUACGAUUGCGUAGUGGUAAUAAAUACCUAUGAGGCCCUGGAAGCCUUCAAAGCCGUCCGCUGCACACUCGGUGGCGAAGUGGCUGCCUCAGCUGGUCCGAUUGGCGCAGGUGGUAAUCUGGAGACUGAGGUCCACAAACGACAAGCUCCAGUUUGGACGUAUAUAAAAGGUCGGGGGUUUUAUGCCGGUGUCCAAAUAGAAGGAACCAUUGUGAUUGAGCGAUGUGACGAAAACGAGCGGUUUUACGGCGAGAGAAUAUCCGUCAGCGAUAUAUUGGCAGGCAAAACUAAAAGGCCCCCGUCGUCAAUUAAAACGUUGAUGCAGACACUGAAAGCAGCCCAGGGCGAUGGUGACGUCAAGGAAGAUAUGCUGCCUUCUGGUGACACUCCUGGUGAUAUUGAUUUAACAGGAACGUUCGGUAUCCCAGAUGCCGAUGACCCAGACCCCUAUGGCGUCAAAGCCUUGGAGAGAGAAGGCAUCCUUAUCAGAGAAGCUGGUACUCGUCAAAUCCCGAAAUUGGACGCCUUUGACUACCGGCCAAUUUCUCUCAGCCCGAAAUCUGCGAGAUUCAGCGCUUCAGGUUCAAGAAGAUCCAGCGUCCGCAACAGCCUAGGGAGCUUUGGAAGCGCUGAUCGAGGGACCCAGACCGACGAUUCUUAUUUCGAACAAAGCGGCUACUCCCCUACGAGUACAAGUCCUCCUCGAAGCGUCACAAGCUAUACCUUUCCUCGAGCCGUCAAGGCUGCCGAAGCGGAGGAGCUCGACUAUGAAUCCACACAUUUCAAACACGAAGAUGUCAAGCAUGUUCCGGUACGGCGAGUCAAUUUAUCCGACCACAACGUGCCCAUUGUUAGCGCAUCAGCACCAGCAUCGUUCGCAAAGGCGCGGCUCGUCACCAUACCUAAGCGUGUCCCUCCUAUUCUACCCCCGCGCAACCCUGAACGUGUCGUCUCUCCAGUUUCGAGUCGCUCAGAGAUCGAUGACUCUGCCACGCUGUCAUCCAUUUCUCCGGUCGACGAGGAGACAAGCAUUGCCGAUAUUCAAAACCGAUUAAGGCGGCUUCGGUCCGGCGAAUCUCAAUCACCCGCAGAGGACGACCGUGGUCGGUCAACAGAACGUGAUGAUUUCCAUUCUGCACCUGCGUCGCCGUCCAGGACUGAAGAGCUGGUCCAAGACUCAACGCUAGAAAAGGCGCAUUAAUAAGCGUCGUGUAUUCUAUCUUCUUCACUUUAUAUUUGAAAGAUUUUUAAUGCUCCUUCGAUUCUCGGAUACGCGAUCGCAGCCAUCUUUCGGUCGUCCCAGCGUUUACGGUUAUUUAGGCCAUUUUUGCCUCUUUUUUCUUUCUCAAUGAUU